AUGUCUGGCGCUGCACCUCUUCACGGCGGCGAUGCACCGCCGCCAUACUCAGAGACAGACAUAUAUUCCAACUCUGGUGCUGGUGCUGUCCCGUCAGCGCCGCCCACCCUAGCCGACGACGUGACAUCCCGCAUGUCGUCAAACGAAGAAAUUAUCUACACUCCCCCAGAUACCCCCCGCACAACCAACUCCCGUAGCGUCAUCACUGGCAUUCCGCAAGCCGGCGCCGACCUGUACUUUGAGACAAGACCCCCGCCGCCGCCAGGUGUGAUUCCCCAGUCGACGCUCGUGCAUGCGCUGCAUCUCGAGACGCAGUCACUGCCCGAUGAUUUUCCCUUUCCGAGCGACUGGGAGAAGCGUGACAUUAAUGCGCAGGACUGGGCCACAUUCAUCAACUUUUUACUGCCAGAUCACACCACGCGCGGAAACGAUGUUAUCCUGGAGCGCAAACUCCGCGCCGAGGCGGAAAGCGAAGCCGGCGACAGUGUGAGCAGUGGACGCUCGCAGGCUGAGCUCCAGCGGCAUAUGAUGCGCACAGCCGGCCCUGAGGCUUUACAGGAUGAGGCCCAGCGACAGGCGAAUGCGAUGGCCACCGUUCAUGAGUGGAACGAUGGCUUCUUUACGCCACGAGGCAUCACCAUUAGUAUUGCCGCAAGCGAGGACGACGAGGUUGAUUAUGGUGCGACUGCGCGGGAUGGGGAAGAGCAACCGGCCCCUGGUAGUGGGUGGUGGCCGAAUGCGUCGUCUUUCAGGAUCGACGCCGGCGGCAUCGCGUAUGGCAAGAAAUUCGUCAUGGAUGGCAGGGGUAUCCGCCUUGGCUCUCUCAUUAUGGAUGCCAAUGGCAUUCGAACGGCGGGUCAUGAUGGUGACGCGCCGGGGAUAUUGCAGGAUGCAGGAGCGGGACCGUCGUCACGUAGCGUGCCAGAUGCUGAACCCACGCGUGGGAGAGCUCAAGCCAGUGACAACAUGACAGGCAAAGGUAAAGGCACGGCUCGGGAUCGAUCUGCCUCCUCGGUCUCAUCAGCAUCGUCUACAUCUUCAAGCUCUAGCGUCUCUUCGCUAGAUUCACUACCCGACUACGACGAGGUGCGCGAGCAGCAAUUGCCUGCUUAUCUCAACAUUUUACGGGAUUGGACCUCCAAGCCCAGUCACCUUCGCACCAACACGGAUGUAGUCUGGCUCAAAAACGAGCUCAGUCUCGCCAAGUUUCACACCGCCAACCCCACCACGGAUAAGAGGGAGCUCAAGGCACAGAUCAAGAUGCUAUUGAAGCAGUGGAAGCAGAUCCAACGCGAGCAGCGCAAAACGCAGCGCGGUACUCGCAGCGCACGCAAAAAGCAGCGUCGGCAGGAAAAGCGUGAACGCAAGCAGUGGAGGAGAGACAUGAAGAGGUCGCAAAGGGAUGUGCGACGGGCAGAGAAGGAAGCGAGACGGCACGGCGGACACAUGCCCCCGGUGCCCUUUGUACCUCCUCUACCGCAUGGCCGUUCUAUGCCAGCUGUGCCCGCUGGGCCAGCUGUGCCCGCCAUGCCAGCUAUGCCAUCGAUGCCCGCCCUGCCUCACGGGAUGCAUUGCCCGCCCUCCAUGCGUCUCCAUAACCACCACCCUCACCAACGCCACCAUGAACAUGGAGUUGGUGGUAGAGGCGGCUGGUCUCAUCACGGACGUGGCGGAUUCGGCCGGGGUGGAUUCGGCCGGGCCGGAUUCCCCGGCGCUUGGCCCCCUCGCAAUCGUCACGGACCACCAGGGUGCCGGUCUGACAGCGACCGACAAGGCGACGCGCCGCCUGCGCCGAAUCCAGCGCUGGCGGCCAAGUACACGGCGGCGCAGGGCAUCGAAGACGCCAUACGCAAGCAGCAGGAAAAGGCCGACAACAUGUUCGAAGGGCCCGGAAAGGACGCGAUCCAAAGCGCCAUUGCGUCCAUGAUGCAAUCGCUAGAAUCUCUGCGGAUGGAUGCUGAUGAGGAGUAUGCGCGCCAUGUUGUGGGCUCGCAUGUUACUCCCGAGAGAUCGGUCAUAACAAAGGGUGUAUACUGGACGACAUCAAAAGACCUUUUAAGCUUUACAAAGGGUGCCAAAAUUACCAACGUCACGUUUCCUUCGGACGAAUGGUGGCAUGGGACGUACAAGGGCAAGAGCGGAUUCUUUCCGGCUCAUCAUGCAAAACUGUUGCCAUUGUAA